AUGGCAAUGCAUAUUUCUAGACUUGCGGCGGAUGAAAACUCGCUCGAGCAGUCGAACUGGCUACCAACGAAGACCUCCCAGCUCCGGCAACACAUCGAAGCACUCAACGCUGCAGCGAGCACCAGCAAGAACACCAACCAUGACGAGCCCACGGAAGACGUCCAGGUCAGCACUCAGGCUUUAGAACGCGAUACCGACACACGCUCAUGA